GCGGCGGCUCUAGACCCGGGCGCGGCGGUGACGGAGGCGGUGGCCCGAGGAGCGGGCGGGCUGGAUCAUGGCGGACGGCGUGGACCACAUAGACAUCUACGCCGAUGUGGGCGAGGAGUUCAACCAGGAAGCUGAAUAUGGUGGACAUGAUCAGAUAGAUUUGUAUGAUGAUGUCAUCUCUCCAUCUGCAAAUAACGGUGAUGCCCCAGAGGACCGUGAUUAUAUGGACUCUCUCCCACCAUCAGUUGGAGAUGACGUAGGUAAAGGAGCAGCACCAAAUGUUGUCUAUACGUAUACUGGAAAGAGAAUUGCAUUGUACAUUGGAAAUCUUACUUGGUGGACAACAGAUGAAGACUUAACUGAAGCAGUGCAUUCACUGGGAGUAAAUGAUAUUUUGGAGAUAAAAUUUUUUGAAAACCGUGCUAAUGGCCAGUCAAAGGGGUUUGCUCUUGUAGGUGUGGGAUCUGAAGCAUCCUCCAAAAAGUUGAUGGAUCUCUUGCCUAAAAGAGAAUUGCAUGGGCAAAAUCCUGUUGUGACUCCAUGCAAUAAGCAGUUCUUGAGUCAGUUUGAAAUGCAGUCAAGGAAAACUACACAAUCAGGCCAGAUGUCUGGAGAAGGUAAAGCUGGUCCUCCAGGAGGUGGUUCACGUGCAGCAUUUCCACCAAAUAACAGAGGACGAGGCCGUUUUCCAGGUGGCAUUCCAGGUGGGGACAGAUUCCCUGGACCUGCAGGACCAGGAGGACCACCGCCUCCUUUCCCAGCUGGACAAACUCCACCACGUCCACCUCUAGGUCCUCCUGGUCCACCAGGCCCACCAGGUCCUCCACCUCCUGGUCAAGUUCUUCCACCUCCAUUAGCUGGUCCUCCUAAUCGUGGUGACCGUCCACCACCACCAGUUCUGUUUCCUGGACAACCCUUUGGUCAGCCUCCACUGGGUCCACUUCCUCCUGGUCCCCCACCUCCAGUUCCAGGCUAUGGCCCCCCUCCAGGUCCACCACCACCACAGCAAGGUCCACCUCCGCCUCCCGGCCCUUUUCCCCCUCGUCCACCUGGUCCACUUGGACCUCCCCUGACACUUGCUCCUCCUCCACAUCUUCCUGGGCCACCUCCAGGUGCUCCCCCACCUGCUCCACACGUGAAUCCAGCUUUCUUCCCCCCACCAGCCAAUAGUGGCAUACCUACUUCAGACAGUCGUGGUCCACCACCAACAGAUCCAUAUGGCCGACCUCCUCCUUAUGACAGGGGUGACUAUGGUCCACCUGGCAGGCGUUUCACUGGAAAUAACAUGUCCAUAAGAGAACAAUUACAUAUUCCAUUGUUUUGGAGGCAUACGAAAAAUAAUACUCAAAACUCAGGGAGAGAAAUGGAUACUGCAAGAACACCUUUAAGUGAAGCAGAGUUUGAAGAAAUCAUGAAUAGAAAUAGGGCUAUCUCAAGCAGUGCCAUUUCAAGAGCUGUGUCAGAUGCCAGUGCUGGGGACUAUGGAAGUGCUAUAGAAACCUUAGUAACUGCUAUUUCCUUAAUUAAACAAUCCAAAGUAUCUGCUGAUGAUCGUUGUAAAGUACUUAUUAGCUCUCUGCAGGAUUGCCUUCAUGGAAUUGAGUCUAAGUCUUAUGGUUCUGGAUCAAGAAGACGUGAACGGUCAAGAGAGAGGGACCACAGCAGGUCAAGAGAAAAAAGCAGGCGUCACAAGUCCCGUAGCAGAGAUCGCCAUGAUGACUAUUACCGGGAAAGAAGCCGUGAACGAGAGAGACAUCGUGAUCGUGACAGAGAUCGUGAUAGAGAACGUGACAGAGAACGAGAGUAUCGCCAUCGUUAGAGAAGAAUCUGAAGAGAACUUUGCUGAAGGAAGAGGAACACCUUGCAAAGACAAGAAACAUUCUUCAUGGAAAGAUGCUUGUCCAGCAGUUUGCUUCUUGUGAUUGAACUGAGCCUGUAAGGAUUCAUGGAUAAAAUGAACAGGAAUAGAUCUGAAUAAAGCAAAUCUGCAUACAUGGUAACCAGUAGCUCUUUUACUUUUUUAUGUUGCUUAACUGUUUUAUUUGAGGGAAACCUGUGUGAUUUAAAACUUAUAGCUUUUGCAACUUUAUUACUGGUUAUAUACAUUUGGCAAUUAUAAUGUGCAAGCAAUUGGAAAAAAAAGUCAAGUAAAUCCUUGUUUUUAUAGUAGUUUGUUCUUGUUAAAAAUGUUCAUAUGAUAAUGUCUGUACACAGCACCACUUUGAUUACAGUAGAUGUAGUGUUGUAAUAAACUCUUUAAUGGGGCUGAUGUGUAAAGCUGUUCAAGUUAUUUGAUGUUUACACCUCAGGGAAAGUCUUGUGUUCAGCAAUAUUUAAAGAUAAUGAUUCUAUGAAAACAUUUAUACUGUCUUUAAAAAGCAUUGCAAUACAGUUUUUGCAUAUGCAUCAACCUAAUCUUGCAUUCAGUGACUUAAAAAUACUAAUGCCAGUCUUUCACAUUUGAUUUUGAUAUACAAAUAGGUGAUUACAGAAAGGCUUUAAUAAUUUGCUUUUCCAGCAGUUUUUACAUAGAUGGCCUGUGAAUUUGCUAAAAGGCAUGUAAAAUUGUAAAAACUGCAGUUUGAUUGACAUUCUGUGAUCCACAUAGUCUGUCAUUGUUUUGGGGAGAGGAAAUCCUAGGUUGAUGAUUUUAGUAAACUGAAAAUUGUCUCCUACAACAUGCAGCUGGACUAAGACACUACGGUUUACAUUAUUUUCAUUUAAACUCUUAAUGUUGGGGAAAUGCUGGCCUUUUUGAAAUACAGCUGCAGUUGUUUACAGUUUUAUGUUAAUAAUGCUUGUGUUUGUUUAGGUUUUCCAAGGCCAUAGGCAGUCUGUACAUAGCUGUAUAUUAGAAAAAUGUGACCGAUGAAACCAGUCAUGAUGUUUCCACUUUUUCAGAUAAUAUGGAUUCCAGUGGGCUUGGUAUUUUCUUAAAACUGGGGUUUAUCCACACAUCUGUGUAAAAGGAGGACGGUACACUUGUACAUCCUUCAUGCACUAGUGGGGAAUACCUUACUGCCUUAACAAAAAGUGAAAUAGAUUUAGUCAUGAGGUUUUGCAAACUUGUCUAAAAACAAUUUAUUGGAAGUUGCAAUUCAAACAUUUUAAUAUCAGUAUGAACUAAAGAAUGAAAGCAAAUUUCAAAUGACUAGAAUUUGUUCUAAAUUUUAUGAAGGAUAAAAAUUAGAAUAAUAGGAAGUGUGUAUAACACUUGGCAAAUUUACAAUUUGCUUUUGCAGUGUGGUGUGGAUGUUCAUUCUUAAAAUAUAGUUUGAGUCACUUUAAUAGAUUAGUCUGAGAAGUUUUCACUUCUUUAUGCAGAGAGCUUGCAGAGCACGUUUAAAUGUUUUAAGCUAAGUUUCAAGACCUCAGUGGCUUCAAAAGGUAGUCUUUAAAACAAAUCAUUGGUUUAUUUUAUAACGUAAUUUUAUGUUAAAUAUUAAGGCCCUAUUCAGGAAAACAUAUGCUUAUAUGCUUUAUUGAACUGGGGCCUAUAUCCUGUGCAACUGCAAAAGCUUUAUAUAAACACUGAGACUCUUAAUUUAAUUUUUGUCAUCUACCAACCCGCUAGAUUUUCUGCAGAUAGGCUGAUACUACUGGACUUGCCCACAUGCCUCUGCACAUUUUUAUUUCUUAAAUUCUGUACCUCAGGUUCUCAUGCACGGGAUUAUAGGUGUUUGUCAAACUACUUGCUUUUGACUUUCAGAUGUUUUAACCCUGUUUAAAAAUGAAAACUGACUUUUAAAACUUUGUAUACUAAACAUUGUAUCAAACAAGUCACAUGACUUUUUCCUGUUUAUGUGAAUAGGUUGGUUUUAACUAGUUCUGAUGUAACUUCUUAGCUUUCUUAACAAACAUUGUUUAUUUUCUGUUACUUGUAAUAAGUUUAAGGGAAGAAAUAACCUGCAUAUACCUUUACAUGGGAAAUAGCUAAUACCGAAGGGGCAGCAGGUAAGUAAUGUGUCCACAUGGCUAGAAAGCUUAAACCCAGAAAAGAAGUAUUUUUUUAAUUUCAUCACUAAAAUUAAAAAAAAUUAAGCAGGAACCAAGGUUUUGUUCAAGUUAGUUAUCUGAAAUUGAUGAAUGAUACUGUUACUCUUUCCACAUUGGGUAUCAUUUCUUUUUCCUUCCUCAUCCUUCUGUAGAGACUUCCAUUGCUGGCAAUGGAGGCACCAAAAUAUCCAACAGAAAUAUUAAACUUUUAAUAGAAAUCUGUGUGGCUUGUUGGUGAGGUCCUAAUAUAUGAGGCCCCUAAUUUCUACCUUGUCUCAAUAUGUAUAUAGUUUGAGUGGUUAGAUAGCGAUCUGAUGUAUCUUGUGACUAGAUGGAUUAUCUCUUCAUUGUGGGUUUACUUUUGUCAAAUCUGUUCUGGUUUAAAGUGAAAAGAUCAUGUGUGUAUAAAAAUAAUCCAAAAACCCUUACAGACGCCAAAAAGGAAUAUGUCCCAUUAUACGUUUCAUGUGUGUAAUUAGAUCUGCAAUGGAAUUUGUAUCAUGCUUCAGUUUAUUAAGCAGUACUGAAAAUUUUCUGUGCCCUCUCAGGAGAUGUCAGUUUGUUAGUUUACCAGCAGGUGAUGCUGCACCUGGAUGAUGCAUUAAUUUUUCUUGAAGUGUUCUUGGUAUCUAAUUGUAUUUAUUCUCCUUCUGUUUGUGAAAGGACAAAAUAGUCUGUUAGGAAGUACAUGAUAAUUUGUAUGUGGGCAUUCAUAAGUAACAUUUUAAGUUAACAUGACAUGGCUCUUGUCCAAAGGAUUAAACGGUUACCUGAAAUAAUGGAUUUUUUUUAAAGCAACAAAAAUAAGAUUACUUUUACAGUCAGGUUAGCUAAGAAAGUUAGUCUGCUUUCUAAAAAGGUGUUUUUAAAGACUGAAAAACAGUAGAAUAUAUUGGGGAAACCUGCACCUUUUGCUCUCUUUCCCUCUCUGUUCUUUAAUGUGCCAACAACCUAAAUUCAGAUUGUAUUACACAAGACAGACAUUUGUCAGUUUUUUAAAAAAAUUACAUAGAAUUCGGCUCUCAAAUGGCUAUUGCAUUUGUGUGUAUAUGACAAAAGAUACCUUAUUAAAUUUAGGCUUUAACUUAUUUGAGUGGAUGUUCUGAUUUGGUUUCUUUGUUGAGAGUAUUGAGGUUUGUGCAUUUUUUUUUAAUGCUGUAUUUUUUCAAUCUGAUUAUGCUUAGUUGCAUACCCAAGUCCCUGUAAAUGUUUUCCCUAGCUACAUGUGGUUAAUUGCAGAUUUAAAUGUUGUAUGUAUUUGUCAUUUGUGUUUCUAGUAAAAAUACAUGGCAUUCUUUUUAGAAAUAUCUUAUUUCUUUUUUUCCUUUUCUUACUUCUGUCAAUGUACAAUUUACUGACUUUUUUACUAAUUUUAUUUAUGGAAUCUUAUGCCCCUUGCAUAAACUGUUUAUCAGUGUGUUUUGUGUAAACUAAGUUAUGGACUUAAAACCCUGGCUUUUUGCUAGGUAAGGUACACUGUGUCAUAUCGCAUUAUAGAAAAAAGUAUAUUUAAUAUUUCAUUUAUACUUGAAAGACUUAAGACCCUAAAUUCCUUUGCGUUGAACUUCAAAAAUAAAAACUUCAUAUUCUCAUAGAAGAAAAGUAGUGAUCAGAAUAUACAGAUUUCCUGUAGGAGGCAGUAUGUCUUUUGACUUUGGAAAGAAGCAGCAUUAAUUUUUAGGAUGGUCAAAAUUAUUCAGGUAGUGGGUGAUAUUAUAUGUCUUUAGUGUACUGAAAUGAUUUUAGCAUACAAGGCAAGACUGAAUGUGCAUUAUUCAGAACCUCUGGUAGUAUCCUACAAUUUAGACUUUUUUACAGUAGGAUAACUCGUGGUGAAAAGUUCCGUAUUAAAGAUUCUGUAAUGUUUACA